GGCGGUCCAGCUCGUCUCCGCCCGUCUCCAGCUGCACCACCAUGAAUCUGUGGCUCAGCAGUCACUUCCUGUUCGCCGGCCUGGUUCUGAGCGUCUCGGCUCUGACGCCUGAAGAAUGCGAACCGCUGGUCACACCUCUGUCUCUGAGCAACCGCUCCACGCUUCACAAGACUGUGAACUUCAUCAUGGGCUUCACCAACACCGACGCCUACAACCACAUCCUGAGGGCCACGGAGAGCUCCUGGAUGAGGCUCAGCCCGUCGCCGUCUGGAGACGAUGAGCUGGUGGUGCAUCAGGAGAACAGGAUAAAUGGUUCCUGCUUUGGCUCCACGGUCAACACCACCAUUGAGGGCAACACACUGUCAUCAUCAAUGGGAAACAUCAGCACGACCUUUCAGCUGCUGCCGAGCUGCGACGGCUGUCUGCUCUUCAACGCCAACAGCCACGCCAGACACCUCAACAAGUUCCUCCGCCUGGUGAACCUCACCGCCGACUUCCCCGAGGAGAUCCGCACUCACGCUGUGUACCUGAUGGCUGAGAAGACGUCGCUGACGGACGCAGACGUGGAACAUUUCAAGAAGCAGGCGAGCUGCCUCGGCUUCGACAGAGAGCCGGACUUCAGCUACGACUCCAAACAUGAGCUCUGUAAGGAGGGCGAGGGCCACACGGUGUCGCUGACCUGAGUGCAGAACUUCUGACAUGUCAACGUUCACUGUUUCUCUUUUCUGUCAUCAAAUAAAACGAUGUGACACCGAA